GCUACAUUCCAUUUUCAGUGUAACUUAGCUCACACUAAAACAUCUCUUUGAAACUGACUCCCCAUGUCCUCGAAAGAACAUUCAGAGCAAUCGUGGGGUGAGCAAUGAUGUGGUUUCUGUAAUAUUUAAUGUUAAUCCUGUGACUAUUUGGGUUUAUUGGAUAGCCUACAGUACAUCUACCUUUGAGGAGUUUUGGAGUCCAAUUUGCUCCCUGGCAGAACUCAUGGUGACGCCACAGCCUACUACUUAUACUUAGUAGGCUACUGACACCACACGUUGACAGUCCAUACUCCAUACUGUCUGUAGUGGGGGUAUGUUCCAAUGCAAGGGGAAAAAAUAAAUAGCAUAUUUAUUAAAGAAACUCAAAACUCUUAACAAUUGAACACAUUUCUUGACAUUUUCAAUUGGACCCAUCUAAUCGACUUACAUGAUGGGCUACGCAUGUUCUCCCCUGGGGGUAUGCUCCAAAUGCGGGGUCCUAAACAACGACAGCAGAAGAAUGCUUUUCAUUUUGCGUUGCUGAAGGUGUGCAUCAUCUAGGCCCUGCCGUAGACUGGAGGAGGAGGAGGAGGAGGACAUAAAAUGGGGAUUAUCAGCAUCAUUUGUGGUAUUUGUGACAUGCAUAGUUAUGGAUAUCCAGCUAAAACAUAACGGAUUUAAUGUGUUCUUGCUGGCAAAUCAUACAGUGGUGCAGCUUUGACGGGAAGGUUUCGAGUCCGAAAACGCCCAAGAAACACAAAAUGGUGCCAAAGACAGAGGUGUGAAAACGAGUCGAAAAGAUCUUCCAGACUAGACGCACCUGUCAUUACGACUAUCUUUAGCUUCAAUAGAUUGCACAGACGAAGAUGUCCAUAAUGGACCAUAGCCCCACCACGGGGGUGGUGACCGUGAUAGUGAUCCUCAUUGCAGUGGCAGCCUUGGGUGCUCUGAUUUUCGGCUGUUGGUGCUAUUUGCGCUUGCAGCGCAUGAGCCAGUCUGAGGAUGAGGAGAGUAUAGUGGGCGAGGGGGAGACCAAGGAGCCCUUCCUGUUGGUACAGUACUCGGCCAGGGGCCCACGUGUUGAGCACAAGACAAGGCUGACCCCUAACGGCACAGAGAGCCAUGGUUAACUUGCUCCAGGCUCCUUCAUAGCUGCCUGUGAAGGAGACCAUGUAAGGACCUCACCAUGUGCAUUUGGGCCUGCCUUCCACAGUAAGCUACAUCUUGUCAACCCCAGCCUCCUAGAUGAAGGAUGAAAUCAAUGCAUGCACUUGUCCACCAUACAACUCCGUCAUCGGACAAUCUGAGGGUUGUCUGCCCUUCAUUAUACUGUAAGUCCACGGUCCCUGUUGAGCCUAUUCAUAAUGUGAAGUUGUACAUAAGUAUUGUGUUGUAAUCAUUUAUUUGCCAAAAGGUGUGAUUUUCAGUGUGAAUCUGUUAUUGCCAGGAGCCAAGUCCUUGUUUGUACUGUUUGGCAUGAAAGAAGAUGCCCUUAUGUUUUUGUUUACUUUUUCAUUUCCUUGCAUUAAAUUUAUGAAAGCUCUGUCAAAUGAGGCAUAAUGUAUGUUGUUUGAAACCACAGAGCGCAUUCCCAGAGCUGGCUCUGGCUUUACUGUGACCAAACAAAAGCAGCAGUAUUUACAGUGGUGUUUCCCAGUGGCUUCUGUUCUGAAUCAAUGAAACUGUGACCUCCUUGAACCAUGCAUUGUUUUUGUUCAAUAUUAUGUGAAAUGUGCUCGCUAAAUAAGGGAAAUUUGUUAUACAUUUGACAAAUUCUGCAUUUGCUGAGAGAUUUUGUGUUGUUGUUACUAGUUUGCAUAGUACAGGGGAAUCAAGCUGGCUUUCCCAUUGCUGUUCUCCAAAUCAGUGCCAUCACUCUUGAUAUGAAACAAUGUAAUAAUAUCUUGACAUGUUGUCAGAUAUCCUUAAAGCCUUUCACAGGGUGUUGUGUAUAUUCAUCCAAUAAUGGAAUAUGCUUCAGUGUGAGAGCAGUAGUCAACUAUCAAUGUCUUCAGAAGGUGGGACAACAUGUCCACAAGUCUCUUGUGCCAAUGAAGGAAAUGUCAAGGUGCCGUUUUUACACCAAGGAGCUUCCUGAAGGCAAAGCUACUGUACUUCUGUGGUUGAACAAACAGAGUUGUAUGGAAGAUUAUACAUUUCUGCAGAUUACAAUUACAGAGUGCAAUUGUAUGACUGUUAAUCUCUUCCUGUACUGCUAUAUACUUUUAACACCUUAAAAUGCCCAUGUGUCCCACUUUCAGCCUGUAUUUUGUCAAAGUACAACUCUAAACUGUAAUAAAUCUGAAAUACGUUUGAGUAUUCUUGAUAGAA